AUGGUAACUACUGUGAAGAAUCAGAAUGCUUCAGUCAUAUUCAUCCUAUUAGGGUUUUCUGAUUAUCCCAACCUCAAAGUUCCUCUUUUUCUCAUGUUCUUGUCCAUCUACUUGGUAACUGUGGUGGGGAAUCUGGGCAUGAUUGUAAUCAUCCAGAUAAACUCCAAACUCCAUACUCCCAUGUACUUUUUCCUCCGUCAUUUAUCCUUUGUGGAUUUCUGUUAUUCCACUGGAGUAACACCCAAACUAUUAGAAAACUUAGUUGUGGAAGAUAGAACUAUAACCAUUGAAGGUUGCAUCACACAAUUCUUUUUUACUGCUACCUUUGUGGUGACAGAGACAUUCCUACUAGCAGUGAUGGCCUAUGACCGUUUUGUGGCCAUUUGCAAUCCCUUGCUCUAUGCCAUUACCAUGUCACAUAAACUUAUGAGCCUUUUGGUGGCUGCAGCCUAUUCAUGGGGUAUAAUUUCUUCUCUGAUAUUUACCUACUCUCUCCUUGUGUUAUCAUUUUGUGGCACUAAUGUUAUUAAUAAUUUUCUCUGUGAAUAUUCUGUCAUUCUCUCAGUCUCUUGCUCUGAUAAACACUUUAGUGAAAUAAUACUUUUUAUUGUUGCUAAUUUUAAUGCACUUUGCACUCUCAUCAUUAUCCUUACAUCCUAUAUAUGUAUUUUUAUCACCAUCCUGAAAAUGCCUUCAGCAAGUGGGAGACACAAGGCUUUCUCCACCUGUGCCUCCCACCUGACAGCUGUUACCAUUUUCUAUGGAACUAUUCUCUUCCUAUACUGUAUUCCUAAUUCCAAAAGCUCAUGGCUAAUAGUUAGAGUGACCUCAGUUUUUUAUACUGUGGUAAUCCCCAUGCUGAAUCCACUAAUUUAUAGCCUGAGAAAUAAAGAUGUAAAAGAAACUCUCAGUAACUUAAUAAAUGUCAAAAAACUUUAG